UCGAGUCGACACCCGGCGCUGAGGCUGACGGCGCGGUGUUGAGGCCUCUUCCCCAGGCGACGCGCGCUGUGCCCGCGACCACAGUGAUGCUCGCUGUCGUACUCUUCACACCACAGUAAAGUUAGGGGUCGUGCCAGACGGUGCCGAGUGCCGGAGCCGUGCUUAGAGUGGAGGCGACGCAGAGUGCGUGACACAAGCAGGCAGGCAGGAGGGAGGCGGCGGAGUGUGAUGGCCUGAGUCUUCCCUGACGAGCCGCCCAGACCCGCCACCAUGAUCAUUUGCUGUGCCGGCUGCGACAAACCUAUUAUGGACAAGUUUCUUCUGACGGUGCUGGACAGGACGUGGCACGCUGAGUGUGUGCGCUGUGCCGACUGCGGCUGUGCCCUCACCGACAAGUGCUUCAGCCGCGAGGGAAAACUCUUCUGCAGGAGCGACUUCUUCAGGAGAUUUGGGACGAAGUGUUCGGGAUGUCUGCAGGGCAUCUCGCCGCAGGAUCUAGUGAGGAAGGCUCGUGACCGCGUCUUCCACCUCAAGUGCUUCACCUGCUGCGUCUGCCGCAAGCAACUCUCCACCGGCGAAGAACUCUACGUGCUUGAUGAGAACAAAUUCAUAUGUAAACAAGACUACAUGAGCGGCAAGGCAAUGUCUGACUCCUUCACGGGCGGGUCUGAUGAGGAGGAGGAGGAGUCCAUGGACGUGAAGCCGAACAUCGAGACCAACAACAACACGAGCACACCGCCCUCUAGUGGCCAGGGCCCCUCCUCCGCCCAUACUCACAGCCAACCCCAACCCUACUCCACAGAUAACCACACCCCCAAAACAGCUCCUACAGAUAACCACGUCCCUAAAACACCAUCUUCAGAUAACCACACCCCAAAACAGCUCCUACAGAUAACCACACCCCCAAAACAGCUCCUACAGAUAACCACGCCCCUAAAAACACCAUCUUCAGAUAACCACACCCCAAAACAGCUCCUACAGAUAACCACCCCCAAAACAGCUCCUACAGAUAACCACGCCCCUAAAACACCAUCUUCAGAUAACCACACCCCCAAAACACUCCUACAGAUAACCACAACGAAGGGCGGGAACAAGAGGCGGGGUCCCAGAACGACGAUCAAAGCCAAACAACUGGAGAUUCUCAAGAGCGCCUUCGCCUCCACGCCCAAACCCACACGUCACAUCCGGGAGCAGUUGGCUAAAGAGACGGGCCUCCCUAUGCGGGUUAUACAGGUCUGGUUCCAAAACAAGCGCAGUAAGGAGCGGCGGAUGAAGCAACUCUCCUCAAUGGGGAUGCGGGCGCACCUCUUCGGUAACCCACGUAAGCUUCGGGGGAUGCGUAUGUCACCUAGCAUGGAGGACGGCUUCCCCUACUACGGCGACGCCUUCGGGUAUGGUCCUCAAGGCUUCCAUGACUUCUUCCCCGGGCAAGGUCCUCCGCCUCCUCCAGGAAUGAGUUUCCCCCACGGUCUACCGCCGUCCAUGGAGCAGCCACUUCCUCCUGGGGGCCCUAUGAGCGACUUCCCCGGUCUGGGUGGUCUAGGGGCGCCGCCAGUAUCUGAAGGAGGCCACUUCAUGACGCAGCCCCCCGACAUGCUGUCUCUGUCGCAGCGGUCGUCUCCUGAAGGAAUGAUAAUGGCGCACGGUGGCCAAAGUGGUAACUUUGACCACCAGGUGAAUGAAGGUCUGGUUUGGUGACAUGAAGCUGACCUCUGAUGACGUCAGAGGCCGUGUGAGGUGGUUGCCUGUGACGUCACCGGAGGGAUCACGCCGCUCCUCUCACGCUACCUGCCAGGACGCAAGGGACCGCCUCACCCCACCCACCCCUCCCCACCGCCCCCGCCCACCCCGCACUCCCCCACCUCCUAACUCACCCCUGGUGGAAUGUUCAAAACAAAAAUAAACAAUUUUAGGGGGAGAGAAGACAGUUUUAGCUGAAGGGCCAUAACUUAAUGUUAGCUAUAGGCCAAAGAAAUGGUUAUUCUGGCGGCGUGAAUGUUUGCUCGACUCGCCAGUACAGUAGACCAAGGUGCGGGCGGGCACUCCUGUGACUGAUGCCCGCCACCACUGACCUCCCCAGUACCUGUGGCUACACCGCCUCCUCCCGCCCACCACACACCCCACCCACCCACCCCCCACCCCUCUCUCCCGGUGCUUGCAUUGCCACACUGGCUCGUCUAGAACAAACACGCUGAACUAGAACACGACCAGGAUAAGGUCAUCUCUAGGAAAUAUUACUGUUCAAUGGACGACAGUGAAAUAUUGUGGAAGUGUCAUAGUAGAGACCAGAGGUUUACUCACCUACGAGUGUGUGGGUAAACUUUGGACAGAUCCUCGUCGUUAUCCGCUGCAUCAUAAAAGUGGCAGUAAAUGUUUAAUGAGAGUUGGGAGUGGAUGGAACUGGCGCCCUGAAGUGGUCUGUGUUUUAUGGUGGAUGGGAGUUUAUAGUGUAGUGUUUUAUAGUGGUGAAUCUCGGCGCUGAACUGAAGGAACUCCUGCCAGCCGUAUCACUUACUGAGGGAAAAAACCAAGACAAUAUUAAGACAUUAUUAUCUCUCUUAAGCUCGUCACACUCGCUGCUGUGUGACGGUCUUACUGUGUGUUGCAAACCCCUGGGUGUACUGUAACGCAAGAGAAAUUUAUUCAGAACACUCGAAAUGACUGGAAAAUCUCUUGAGGGGAAAAAAAAGUGUGUCAGAAAUACAGAAAUCUCUUCAGCCGCUGCCCUCCUCAUCUUCUCCCUCUUCUUCGUCAUAAAUUAACAAGAAGAAACGGAGCGCGAGGAGUGGGGGCCCGUGGCGAGGUCAGGUCACCAGGCGUCGCAGAGGUCAUAAUGUGUCUGUUCUAUGUUCCUAUGUGUAGCUAUAGUGUGGACGACCAGGGAACCCGCCUCAACAUGGCAUCCGAUACCCAAUCACGACAAAAAACAUCUGUACAUAUAUUUCAACCUCAAGUUCAUAAGUCUCCAAUGUGAAUAUUUCAUAAUUAACAAUUUCUAAAUCAUUGACUUGAAAUAUCUGCCUCGUGGUUAAAGAAAUAUGAUAAAUACCUGUGAUUUGUCCUACCUGAAGUGGGUCCAUGUUGGGGGCGUGGCUGUUCUCGGCCGGACAUUUCCCUCGAAAACGGCUUCAGUUUUCACUCCCUUCCCUCGAAUGCCCUUAGAGAAGCUAUUUUGGUAUCCUUCACCCCCUCCUCCUCCACUACCUCCUCUUCCUCCACUUCCCUACCUCCCCUCACACAAGUCCACUUUUGUACCCCUAAGAGACGUCAAGACACAACAGGGAGAUGAAAAGUUGAAAGCUGUUUCUCCUUGUUGUCAUAAAUGGAAAUACUUCUACCAUGAACCAUUUAAUGUAUUAGAGUGAACAUUUAAGCUGUGUUCCUAUUUAAGCUUGAAACCUAGAAGAAAACUAAAUUCAACCUAAUUUUCCACAUCUUAACAUACUUUUUGCGGGAAGUAGCAUCUACUUUUUAGCCAGAAAGAGUUAAAAGAAAGUUUUUUAUACACCAAAACAUUUUUCUUUGUAGGUAUUCAGGCUUUAGGUGCAGUUUACGUGGCCAUAACUACCUAGACAUGCAAUUUUAAGUUCCCACCCUUACAGAAGGUUGCCUCAAGAAGCUUACACCUUUACUCUAGACUACCUGGGUGUCACAAAGGAGAAAGCGUGUUCCUUCAAUCCCCAGAGCUAACUCAUCCAUAACUCAGAACCAUUACAAAAAACACCCACAGAUUAACAGUAACUGAUAUGUUGUUCCCUAUGAGUCUAUUGAAGGUCACCAGGUCAUUGUUUAUUAAGGUCAUAAUUAUAAUUAUUAGAAGUUGUCUGCCCUCCACAGUGAUUGCUGCAUUAACGCUCCAGAGACACCCGGAGCUAACACUUAACAUGACACGGUUUAACACUGUACGUGAUAGUUCACAUUAUGAGGGUUGGAACAUCGCUUGAUAGCUUUUUGAAGACUGUGUACGUGUGUGUGUGUGUGUGGGGAGGGGUGUUAGAUUAUUAAUAUUUCAUUUAGACGAUAAUUGCUUUGGAAGAAUUGGGUACGCUGGAGAAAAUCACAUAGCUCUCUCUCUCUCUCUCUCUCUCUCUCUCUCUCUCUCUCUCUCUCUCUCUCUCUCUCUCUCUCUCUCUCUCUCUCUCUCUCUCUCUCUCUCUCUCUCUCUCUCUCACACACACACACACACACACACACAUACACGUUAAAUUAAGUGGUGUAAUUAAGAAAUAUCUCAAUUAAUUACCUGAGACAAUAAGUGGAUCAAAGACCCAGUGUGAAUAAUGAUUUCAUUGUUGUAUUAAAUAGCUGACCCAGUACACACUAAUCUCACUACACACUAAUCUCACUACACACUAAUCUCACUACACACUAUGCUCAAUACCCAUUAUGCUCAGUACCUACUAUGCCCAGUACCUACUAUGCCCAGUACCCAAUAUGCCCAGUACCCACUAUUCCUAGUACCCGCUGUGCCUCCUUCCCUGUAAGUUCCCUGCCAUCUUGAGUCCCGUUCGAUUACGUUACUGACAACCACAAAAAAUAUCCCCACUCACACCACUAGGGAAUUUUUUUUAUACAGUUAUUGACAGGGAAAAAAAAUAUUAAAACGGUGAAAAUAUCCUGGUUUAU